UCGUCUGCUUACUAACCCCAUCGUUCACGGCUCACACUUGUCCAGUCAUUACAAACCUGCUCUUGUCCACUCGUUGACUCUGCACGUUAUCUGCUUUUUGCUCCCUUGUUUUACUCUCGUCUUUGCUUAUCCACUUGUAUCAAUCAAUUUCGAUCCGCUACCCACUGACACGCUCGUUUCGAUCCCCAACUAUGAAGAACGCCAUCGGCUACUUCAUAGCCGGGGCGGCUUUGCUCCCCGAGCUUGCUCUGGCGCAAAAAAUUAUCCCAACUGUCCUUCCUACUUAUUGGAGCUACAAGGGAUGCUACAGCGAUUACGACUGGAAUCUACCCGGAGAUCGCGCUCUGACGUUCCUCGGUCCCAUGAAGAAUCCGAACAGCGGCUGGUACUGCACCACCUACUGCCAGGGUUUGAACUUGAACUACACAUACGCUGGCACAAACGACAAUCAGUGCUGGUGUGACACGGCCAUCAACAAGAACGGCACUACGACUUACGGCCAAGUGAUGCCUAGCACCGACUGUACUGGUAAUGGUACCCUGGUUACGAAAGGUUGUCGUGGGAAUACAACGGAAGCGUGCGGCUCCCAGAGGAGCGCAACCACGCCAGUUCGGCUCUCCAUUUAUGAAUACAAGCCGGUAAGUGAUUUCAUAUAUGCCUGUGUGCUCAUGCUCUAUGCUUUGCUUUAUUUUUUUUUGUUCCAUUUGGUCCGCUUGGGAUGUUGGAAAGACUGUCAAGAGUGGAGGAGGACGAAGGGAUCUCCCGGAAGCAUCUGACAGAAUGGUAUUCUCGGGGGCCACGCGCGGCGGCUGGGAAGGACGGGUAUUGGAGGAGCAAGGCAAAGAGAGUAUGGUGGCUUGCGCAGCAGAUGGUGUGCUUUGUCACGGGUGCGAUGUUGGGGAUGCUGGGGCUUGAUGAGAGGUCCGCCAGGGUUUCGAGGAGAAGAAGCCCUGUCAACCGCAUACAUACCUCGGAGGAAACCGCAAUACUAUAAUACCACUGCACAGCCGUACUCUGA